AUGGCGCCAAUACGCGACAAGUUUACAAUUCACUCCAAAGCAAUCGUGUGUCAGGAUGUAGAACUCAAAGGCGACAUUACGAUAGGCUCUGGUACCAUUGUCCAUCCGAAAGCGACCAUAUUCGCAGUCGCAGGGCCCAUCGUUAUCGGUUCUGGCUGUAUUAUUGAAGAAAGCGCGAUUAUCGUCAAUAGGCGGAAGGAAGUUAUGCGUAUCGGCGACGACAAUCUCUUUGAAAUAGGAUGCAGAAUAGAAGCACCGUCUAUAGGUUUCUUUAACACGUUUUCUACGCGUUCUCGUGUCCACCAUACUGUACGGAUAUCUUCAUUCUGCGUUAUUGGUGCCAACUGUGUACUUGCACCUGCGGAUGAUGAUACUCUAUCUGAUUACACUGUCGUCUAUGGACCAUCCGCAGAACGUCGCACUUGGACUGGGAAGGGAAAGAUACAAGAAGCGGACCUGAGGAGAAAGCAUGCGGAAUACUUGAGAGAGAUGUUGCCUAAGUUUAAUCGACUCAGGAGAGGUGACGGAACGUAG